CUCACGUGAACGGAGAAACAGAAACUCGCGGCUGGAAGUUUAGAAAAUUCCGAAGCAGAAGUUACAGUGUUACAAUCUAAGUCUCGGACCAAAAAUAACGAUACAUUAAAAUGUAAGACCGUAAUGUCCUCAAGCACCUCUCACAGAAUCUAUUUCAAAACAAAUUAAGCAUUUACAACUCCGAUUGUGAAAGCUGAUCCAAGAUCAGCAUAAAAUAGGCUGGAUGGAAACCAGAACCUCCUAUGACAACAAGGAAACUGCCGCCGCAUACUCGGUUCCUACAACAUAUAAAACUCAACACGACAGUCCACGAUGUUUUAUGCACCUAUUGUUGUAUUAUACAGCUUACUAAGUAUUUGUUCAACAAAUGAAAGUAAAAUAAAACACGCAUCAAAACCGGUGCGUCUGUUUACCGAGGAGGAGUUACAAAGAUACGAUGGGAGCGAGGAAGGACAACCAAUUUACAUGGCCAUUAAAGGUGUUGUGUUUGACGUCACAGCGGGAAAAGAGUUUUAUGGAAAGGGAGCACCUUAUAAUGCCCUUGUUGGCAAAGACUCAACCAGAGCUGUGGCCAAAAUGUCCCUUGACCCAGCAGACCUCACUUAUGACACUACGGGCCUCACUGAGAGUCAACUACAGUCUCUUGAGGAGAUAUUCAAAGGUACAUACAAAGUAAAAUACCCCAUCGUGGGAUACACCAGCAGACGCGUUCUCAAUGAGGACGACAGCCCCAAUAUAGACUUCAAACCUGAAGACCAACCCAGUUUCAUUAAAGAUGAGUUUUGAUGCAUAUACUAAUUGUCUUCUAAUAAAGCUAUCUAAAAGUCCAAUCAAAA